GGGGGAAGGGAGGAUCGAUGGAUGGGAAGCACGGGAGAGACUGGUGCCUGUAGAGCUGACCUUGGGAGGUGAGCCUCCCUGGGAGCCAUCCCGCCCCUGAUGCCUCUCCUGCACUAAGGUGUGUCCUCCCUGCCCAGGGUCACCUGCAUCCCGCCUGUGCCUCCUUCCCCACCCUUAACAGCUUCCAGGAUGUUCAAUUCCAUUCCUGUAUCCUGUCUCACCUUUAUCAACUAAAGAAGGACUCCGGACUCCUCAACACAGAGCAUGUUCCGCACAAUCCAAAAGGAGGCCCUGGGUUGCCCAGGUGUAUUCUCCAGCUGACCAGGGAGCGGUGUAGGGAGCUCUAUUGGGAUCACCUAUGUGGUACUUGGGUAUGGUUUAGGAAAAGGGCACACCCUAGUGGGCCGACCACUCCCAUCAGUUGCUUUCAUGCAGUGAACAAGCUACGAGACCACACGGGGCAGUUUCCUUUGUAAAAUGGACAGGAAUGAGUGGUAGAGCAUUUGGGGCAAAGGAAACAGCAUGAACAAGGACAUACAGGUGAUAAAAUCGGGAACUAGAAGGAGGGCACCGAAGGCUUGAACUGCAGAGGGGAGACGGUGGGGUUGGGGUCCUCAUUCAUCAGUUGCUGUACUGUGGCACACUGUGGCUUCAUUAGUAGCCCGCGAUGUGGGUGACUCUUUGCACCUGAAGUGACCCUGGCGACAAACAGGAAGAUGGAUGCAGAAGUGGAAUUGGAGCAGUCCGCUGAAGGGGCUGGCUGGUUUCCUGAGGUCGUCCCCCUUAACAUUGGAGGGGCUCACUUUACCACACGCCUGUCUACCCUGAGGCGCUAUGAAGACACCAUGUUGGCUGCCAUGUUCAGCGGACGACAUUACAUCCCUACAGACUCGGAGGGCCGGUACUUCAUUGACCGAGAUGGCACGCACUUUGGAGAUGUGCUGAACUUCCUGCGUUCAGGGGACCUGCCGCCCCGGGAGCAUGUGCGAGCCGUGCACAAAGAGGCCCAGUACUAUGCCAUUGGGCCCCUCUUGGAGCAGCUGGAGAACAUGCAACCACUGAAGGGCGAGAAGGUGCGCCAGGCCUUUCUGGGGCUCAUGCCCUAUUACAAAGACCAUUUGGAGCGGAUCGUGGAGAUUGCUCGGCUGCGCGCAGUCCAGCGGAAGGCCCGCUUUGCCAAGCUCAAAGUCUGUGUCUUCAAGGAAGAGAUGCCUAUCACCCCCUAUGAGUGUCCUCUCCUCAACUCCCUUCGCUUUGAGCGGAGCGAGAGUGACGGACAGCUGUUUGAGCACCACUGUGAAGUAGAUGUGUCUUUCGGGCCCUGGGAGGCGGUGGCUGAUGUGUAUGACCUGUUGCACUGUCUGGUCACAGACCUGUCAGCCCAGGGCCUCACAGUGGACCACCAGUGCAUUGGGGUGUGUGACAAGCACCUUGUCAACCACUACUACUGCAAACGCCCCAUCUAUGAGUUCAAAAUCACGUGGUGGUGAGUAGUCCUGGUAGACAAGGCGGUGAGGAGGGCGUGCAUCCUCGUGGGUGGCUCCGGGAGUCUGACCCCCAGAGGAGCUGCUGAGGGGAGGACAGUGCUGAGGCAUAGGUGCAAAGACACGGGUGCUGACGCAGCCUCCCUGGCUCAGCUUCCUUGGGGACUCAAUCUGCUGUCAUCCGGCCUUUUCCUUGAGGCACAGCAGUCUUCACUGGAGGCCACAGGAUCUAGUGAGGGUGUCACUGGGAGGCAGAGAAGUUUGAUUCCUUCUUGACACCUUGCAGGACAGCUCCUGCCCCAUUUCGAGCCACGUCACUGGUGGAGGUGUCAUCACUUUGUCACCCUGUUGGAACAUUCCUGUGCUCAGUGUGUCAAUGGGAAUAAGGACUGUGGUAGGGGAUUUACCCAAGUAUCCACCCUGUAGCCCUGGCCAAAGAAGAAGUCCUUUUCUUCCCAGUGUGCUCCUUGCUCCUCCAGGGACUGCAGCGCCUUGUCUUAGGAUGUGGAAAGAUAUGUCCUGUGCUCCCGGAACUUGCCUGUCACCUUCUCUUUGAGAUUAACCACAGCUGCCAAAGCCAUGUACCAGUUGGGCCUUAGAAAAACUACAAUGUUUACAGCCCUGCCCCGGGCUUUGGCUUUACCUUCCUUGCAGGGUUAUCCUCUCAUAGGACUGGAAUGUUAAGUUCCAAAGGUUCUUUCUGAAGAUUCCCCAAGUCAGGCAGAUGUGGAGUCUAGAUCUUUCAAUAUGUAGCAUCCUUCUCAGAGGCCACGAACAUGGCUUGCUGUUGAGUCUUGUGUUAGGAUCCAAUGUGGUGAACCUCUUUGGAAGGGACACUCUUUCCUUGGUAGUUUUCGUUCAGUGUCCCCCGGAGAGGACAAUGAGUACCGGCUGGAGGCACAGCCAUCCUCGGAGCUGAAGUUGACGGACGUAGUAAAUGUACGGACAUAGUAAAUGUACACUUUCCAUUUUCUGUUUCAGAAAGAGAAACAGCCCACAAUAAUUUCUUGUUCAGAGUCAGGGUGAAGCAUGUAUCCCCUAAAGAGAGAGUUGUGUAUCUCUCCUCCGAGAGCAUUGCAUGUCCAGGCUGCACAGGGAGGGGGUCCAUGUAGUCAUGGCUAUCUUUGACCAUUCCUGGAUAGCAUUUUUUUAAUUAAAAAUUUUUUUAAUGUAAGGAAUUGUUAAGGGCAGCACCGCCAAUAUCAGUCCUAUAGGGUCAGAGUGGUUCCGUCAGACAUUUGGGGGUUGAAGGCAUCCAUGUGCUCCAGAGGACUAGGCCAAGCCCUGGGCACUGAGCUGAAUUCCCCCUGCAGGUGCAGGGCAGUGGCUCUCCAGAAACAUGUGCUUUUGAACUUGUGCUUCACUCUGAGUGUAACAGAGGUAGAAACUGGGGUCCAGGGAGUGAGCAGCAAUUAUCUUCCAGGACACCUGUUUUCUUGGUUGUCCUCAAUAGGAUCUCUGGGGUCCUGAUGCCCCUGUGUGGGACUUAGCCCAGCACCAUGACUCUGGCCUUGUUCUAGCAAAGAAGUUCCUUAUUUAAAUAGCUUUUAUUUUUAUUUUUUGGGCAGGGUCUCAUGUAGCCCAGGCUGGCUUCACAUUAGCUGUAUAGCUAAGGACAACCUUAUACAUUUUGACCUUCCGGCCUCUGCCUCCAAAGCUCUGGGGAUGUAGGCACAUUCCACCACAGAUGGCUCUUAAGUUCUUUUUGUUUUAUGGCCAGUGAAGCAUACUAUUGAGAAUGAUGUCCAUAUGAGUAGAGAGCCUACAAUUAAGCCUGGGGCUUUUAGUAACUGGGCCUGGGACUCUUUCCAUUCCUGCUAUAAAGUCCUUCAGUGCUUGGGAACCAGGCCCAGACUGCUUGCUCAAGGUUACAAGGAUGCUGUCUUUGUGACUUGCUGGAGACACUGCUUUUCCACCCUUUUAUUUUUUAUUCUCAGGAUGAUAUAUUUUGUGCCAUUGUGGCAAGAGAAUGCUCCAGGCCACUGGAGCAGACAGAGGAGGGACACUAGAUAACCAGCUCAGAACUCUCUCUCCCCUUUUAGUUCCUUAAUUUUUUAAAAAUAGUUGAUGUUUUCAAUAUUAGGGCAGACUGACCAUGUGCUGAAUCUUCUUGUGCGUGUGUUUUAUUUUUAAAUAACAAAACUUUGCAUUUUUAAGUCAGUGACAUCUGUACUUUCUUGCAGCACAGAAACUUUUCUUUGUACUACAAAAUAUAUUUAUUAUAAUUAUAAUUAUUCCUUGACUAGUGACACUGAAAUAUGAAAUAAAGCAAUAUAUAUUGGGAUCUGGGAUGUGGUUUCAUGAUAGAACACUUACCAACUAUGCCUAAGGUCCUUGGUUCCCUCCCCAGCACUACAAAAAAAAUCACGUCAAAGUGUAUCUUUUACUGUUGGUCUCUUCCCUCACUUUGUUCUCUACUCUCUUGGAGCUUUUCUUAAAUGGAAUAAAGGGAUUCAUCAGCCUGUUUUGGCCCUCUGA